AUGGCAUCAGUGGCGCAGAGUCAGAUACAGGAUGCUGUCCACCCUCUGCUCCGGCAUCCUCGGCCACUUAAACGAGAUCCUGCCAAAGCGCAACGCAUGUUGAGCUUGAUUACAGAUUCAGAGGCCAAAGCAUUACAGCGAGAAAGAUCGAAAACAACAAUAUGGUUGGAGCGGCCGAUGUAUGAACACCUGGAGGCAUCCCCUCUAGGCUUGGAACACGCGGAGGAGCAUAUCGAGUUGGCAAAGGUCGACAAUCACUCCACUCAACAACGCGAAGAAACCGACUCGGAAUUACUCGAUCGAUGGACCAAACCAGAUCCUCCAACGUUAUUAAAGUCGGUGGAGGUGGCUCAAGCGCAACCAGAGGCGAACCCUAACACAUAUGCAUCCAUACGUAGGAAACCGCUCCCUCAGGAACAACAAUCCCUACGGCCUACGACGAACACUCAGCUGCGACGACCCGUAUCCUUCCAGUCCGACAACUCGAACUUCCACCAAGAUAGCCUCUCCUCGUCAGAUAACUCACGACCAACGAUGCGACUUAUCCAUAAUCAGACAUGGGAUGCUUCGAGUCAAAUGAAGACCAACGCUCGACCCGUAUCUCUCCAGCCCCUUCGUCCUUCAUCAGGACGAGACAGUCUAUCUCCGUUUGGUAACCUACAGCCGGCCGAGCGACGUCCGCGUCCCAUGUCCCUCGCAACGGUCAAUUUCCGCGAUCGCCCCAACGGCAAAAUUGCCUCUUCUAGAGGUCUUAGGAAUAACAGCUACCCGGUCUUCUCGAAAUCAGAAACCGAGUUCGCACCAAGAGUAGUGCCCGGCGAGCAAAUUGAGACCCAUACAACAGCCCACCAAACCGUGGGUGAUGAAGUUGCCUCGCCUUCCUUCCCUUCGCCUCUGAGAGCCCCCACAGACAUUUUCGCAGCGGUAGAAGAAAAGGCCAAGGCGGACAAGAAGUCGAAGAAGCGAUGGUCAUCCAUUCCUAACACAUUCAAGAACAUGGCCAGAAGGAAAUUCUCAAUCUCGGUAGAAGACCCGAAAAACGUUGUAGAUCUUGACAAUCUACACCAGAUGAACGCGCCUGAAGAUCGCUCCAAUCAUCACCAUGAAGAGAUUGACAGUCCCACACGUAACCUCAACCUUCACGGCCUUAAGCACCUCCCAACACCAAAUCAAUCUCCAAUCAAGACGGCACAUCCACGAUUCGAAGCACCGCUACCACCGCCAUUUGCACCCUGGACGGAUGAGCCACCGACUCCCCCAAGUUCCCUGCAUCAGCGUAAAAGCAGCGGACUGUCGAUAUCAAUAACAAUGGCUCCAAGCCAACCUCAAUCGCCAGUCACAAUGCCCACCCAGAGUCGCCCGGCCUCCCUUCAUUCCCAACGAAGCAGCGGUAUAUCCCCGUUGUUUACGAGCAACGCUACACUGUCACAUUUCACAUCAGACACACCCACAAGCCCUCGAGUGGGUAUGUCUAGGAGGGGGACACCGUCUCUCGAAAAGACCUGUAUAAUAUGUAAAACCACGAAACCACACGCUGAGUUCAUGAACCGUCGGAUUACCGCAAACUGCUGGCAUGAGCCUAGCACUUGUCUGCAAUGUCUGGAAUCAUGGGUCGAGAACUGCAUUGUUACUAAAGGCUGGGAACGAUGCUCAUGCCCUGAGUGUGGGGAGAAUAUGGCGUCUGAGGAUGUUGGUGCCUUCACGUCCGACUCGGCGUUCUAUAGCGGGAAGUGA